AUGCCAUCCACCCACCGCACCACCACCCAGCCCUCCAAGUCCCUGGUCAAACAAACCACCACCCGCCGCUACCCAGGCAUAAUCGCAAACUGCCCCUCGCUUUCCAUCCUCGAAAACCGCCUGCGCAUCCUACACAAAGAAUCCACUCAACUCUUCCGCCGCGCACACAACACGUUUACCGACGACGCACACACGCUCAAAUUCCUCGAAGAGAGCGAUGCCAAGGCAGAAGAGAUGAUGCGCUUGAUUGCGGAGGUCGAAGCGAAGAUUGGAGAGUUGCUUGAGAAGGAGGAGGGUGGGAGUGCGAAGUUGCGGAAGAAGGUGGAGGAAGAGCGGGUGUGGAAGGAGAAGUGGGUGAUUCAGGCACGGGAAGAAUGGGUUGAGGAAUAUGGAUUUGCGCCAGAUGAUGGGGAGAUUAAGAAGAUGCAUGUUGCUAUGCAGGACGCGUGGGUUGAGAAGAAUGCGAUGGUUAGGGCUGAUGAUGCGUGA